GCCAAGCAGCUGGGGCAGGGCGAGGAGCGAGCGGCGACGGGAAGAGACCGGAUCGGUCCCAGCGCUGGGCAAGCGACGCCGGGGGUCUGCAAGAGUCAGCUGCGAAGAUGGCACAGUGGAACCAAUUGCAGCAGCUGGACACCCGGUAUUUGGAGCAGCUCCACCAGCUCUACAGUGACAGCUUUCCGAUGGAGCUGCGGCAAUUCCUUGCACCCUGGAUAGAGAGCCAGGACUGGGCCUAUGCCGCCAGCAAGGAGUCCCACGCCACCUUGGUUUUCCACAACCUCCUGGGUGAAAUUGACCAGCAGUACAGCCGCUUCCUACAGGAAUCCAACGUUCUCUACCAGCACAACCUGCGGCGGAUCAAGCAGUUCCUGCAGAGCAGGUACCUGGAGAAGCCGAUGGAGAUUGCCCGGAUUGUGGCCCGUUGCCUCUGGGAGGAGAAUCGGCUGCUGCAGACGGCAGCGACAGCGGCACAGCAAGGAGGGCAGGCAAACCAUCCUACAGCUUCCGUUGUAACAGAAAAGCAACAGAUGCUAGAGCAACACUUGCAAGAUGUGAGAAAGAGGGUGCAGGACCUGGAGCAAAAGAUGAAAGUGGUGGAAAACCUCCAGGAUGACUUUGACUUCAACUACAAGACUUUGAAGAGUCAAGGCGACAUACAGGAUAUGAAUGGGAACAACCAGGCGGUGACGCGGCAGAAGAUGCAGCAGCUGGAGCAAAUGCUCUCGGCGCUAGAUCAGAUGCGGAGGGGGAUUGUAAGUGAGCUGGCCGGGCUCCUUUCGGCCAUGGAGUACGUGCAGAAGACGCUGGUUGACGAGGAGUUGGCUGACUGGAAGAGGAGGCAGCAGAUCGCGUGCAUCGGUGGCCCACCCAACAUCUGUCUCGACCGCCUAGAGAACUGGAUAACGUCCCUGGCCGAGUCGCAGCUUCAGACACGUCAGCAGAUCAAGAAACUUGAGGAGCUCCAGCAGAAGGUCUCCUACAAGGGCGACCCCAUCGUUCAGCACCGGCCCUUGCUGGAGGAGCGCAUCGUGGAGUUAUUCAGGAACCUCAUGAAGAGUGCAUUUGUGGUGGAGCGGCAGCCCUGUAUGCCAAUGCACCCAGAUCGUCCACUGGUGAUCAAAACUGGGGUUCAGUUCACAACAAAAGUCCGGUUACUGGUUAAGUUUCCUGAGCUGAACUACCAGCUGAAAAUCAAAGUCUGCAUUGAUAAGGAUUCUGGUGAGGUGGCUGCCCUCCGGGGGUCUCGGAAAUUUAAUAUCCUCGGCACAAACACCAAGGUGAUGAACAUGGAGGAAUCCAACAACGGUAGUCUCUCUGCAGAGUUCAAGCAUUUGACACUGCGGGAACAGAGAUGUGGUAAUGGUGGAAGAGCAAAUUGUGAUGCCUCUCUCAUUGUCACAGAAGAGCUCCAUCUCAUCACCUUUGAGACAGAGGUUUACCACCAAGGUCUGAAGAUUGACUUAGAGACCCACUCGCUUCCUGUUGUGGUGAUCUCCAACAUUUGUCAGAUGCCCAAUGCCUGGGCGUCUAUCUUGUGGUACAACAUGCUGACAAACAACCCCAAGAACGUGAACUUCUUCACCAAGCCGCCCAUCGGCACCUGGGACCAGGUGGCCGAGGUGCUCAGCUGGCAGUUCUCUUCGACCACCAAACGGGGGCUCAGCAUAGAGCAGUUGACGACACUCGCUGAGAAACUCCUGGGGCCAGGCGUUAAUUACUCUGGAUGUCAGAUAACCUGGGCAAAGUUCUGCAAGGAGAAUAUGGCCGGCAAAGGGUUCUCUUUCUGGGUUUGGCUGGACAACAUCAUCGACCUGGUGAAGAAGUACAUCUUGGCACUCUGGAAUGAAGGGUAUAUCAUGGGAUUCAUCAGCAAAGAACGGGAGAGAGCAAUCCUGAGCACAAAGCCACCGGGCACUUUCCUGUUGCGUUUCAGUGAGAGCAGCAAGGAGGGUGGAAUCACCUUCACGUGGGUAGAAAAGGACAUCAGUGGGAAGACCCAAAUCCAGUCAGUGGAGCCAUACACCAAGCAGCAGCUGAACAGCAUGUCCUUUGCUGAGAUUAUUAUGGGCUACAAGAUCAUGGAUGCCACCAACAUCCUGGUCUCCCCGCUUGUCUACUUAUACCCUGAUAUUCCCAAGGAGGAGGCCUUUGGAAAAUACUGCCGUCCUGAGAGCCAGGAACACCCCGAAGUUACUGACCCAGGUAGUGCCGCUCCAUAUCUGAAGACCAAGUUCAUCUGCGUGACCCCAACAACUUGCAGUAGCACCAUUGAACUGCCCAUGUCUCCCCGCACACUCGAGUCCCUGAUCCAUUUUGGCAGUAAUGGUGAGGGAGCCGAGGGAAAUGCCAGCGGCCAGUUCGAGUCCUUGCAAGUCUUUGACAUGGAGAUGACUGCCGAUUGCGCCAACUCACCCAUGUGACCGGCCCCUCCUAAGCUGAUGACCCGUUCUGGCUUCCUGGCUGGAAACAUGCCCUCCUCUCGCAUCACCGUGGAGCCCGAAUAAGCAGGCUCCGCCUUCAGCAGGAGACAUUUGAUUGUGGGCCCUGCUCCACUAGUCACGUUGAGUACACCAUCGCAGGCAGGUCCUUGCCUGAGCUUGCACGGCUGGAGGAAAAGCCCUACUUAAUUUUAGCUUUCAUUUUUUUCAAAGAUAUUUUUUUCCUUGUGUAUAAAAAUUAUUUGUUUAAGGGGCGUCUUCGUUUUUUGCUGGAUCAAGUGCCUCUUCACGUCUACUUCCCAACAGUAUUUCUUGGCCUCCUGUGCGUGUUUGCUGCAUGGCAUAAAAUGCUGCUUCUCCAGCUAGUGCUAACAUCCGAGUGCUUACCCAGUAACAAAAUGAUUUGAUUAUUCUCAAUGGGCAGGCAGGAUUCUAUCCUACCAGCUGUGGGUCAACACGGGGAGGAGGAAGAAUACGUUCGUGGGAUGGGGUUACUCCUUAGAGAUUUUUGUUUCUUUUCCAAAGCAAAGAUCUGCUUUCUCAGCCCCAGCUGUGCUUUUACAACUUCCCAAAUGGCGUGAAGAUGAACGAAAACUUAGUACAAUAUCAAGUGACCGUGUGUUCCCAGGGCUAGAGAAAUGAGCACCUUGGAAUUUCAUGCUGGUCGGCACCUAGGAUUUUGAAAUGGAUCUUUCCACCCCUGAGUAAUUCCAACUUCACGGAGAGUUGGGAGAAUGAGAUUGCCAGGGCUGCAAAACAAAUCCAUGGCAGAUGUGGGAUUUGAACCCAGAUCAUCAGCUGUGAAAGCCCUGUUCUCCCUCAUGCAGGGCUCCAGGUCACAGUGGAACUCUUGACUCUCCGCUGUGGAGGCCUUGGGCCCCAGAUCAGGCAACAAAGCUGAGUUCAGAGCUCAAGAGUUGGGCUCCCUACUUCAGAUCUGUUGCCAGCAUUUAAAUGCAGUUAUCUUUUUAUUAUUGUUGUUAUUAUUAUUAUUUAUUGCACUUUUAUCCUGCUCUUCCUCGAAGGAGCCAAGGGCAGCAUUCAUGUUUUUUCCCCUCUCCUCCCUUCCCCAUUUUAUCCCCAUAAAACCUUUUAAGCUUCAUGGCUGAAUGUGGAUUUGGACCCAGGACUGCCCGGUAGAAGUCCAGCCAUGACACCCCACCUUCACUGUAUGUUAGGAGCGAACGGCAAGUACUUAAAACUGUAAAAAAAAAAAAAAAAAAGAUUGCUGUGGGGAUGCUGGGAUUUGUAGUCCCAACACAUCUGGAAAACAACUGGUUGGGAAACACGCCUAUUUCCUCCAUGUAAAAGGUUUGUAUUUUCUCGGCUAUAGUGAAAACCUUUUCUGCCCAGUUGUUCCAUCAGCAUUCGUGGCCCUCUUUGUGUGCCUUCCCCCCUCGCCCCCGAUUCCUGGCUUUUGUGACCCAGCCCCAACUGUAGCCAUUGCUACUCUGCAGCUGUUUGGCUGGGGUAUUGAUAUUACUCUGGUGUAGGAAAAUGAGAUGCUGAUUAUUGUAAGUCUCGAGUGUUGGGGCUUAAGGGAAUUGCCCAAUGGCAACAGGAGAGGGUGAUAAAAUGAACCGUUGGCCCCCCACUCUGACAGUAUUAUUAUUAUUGUAAUUAUUUUUAGAGGUAUUAGCUAGACAGGAGGCAGAAGAGUACAUAGCCAAAGCUGUAAAUGCCUCGUUUUCUUUUCUCCUACAGUAGGGGUGAGGAAACGGUGGCCCUCCAGAUGUUGGUGGACUUCAACUCCUAUCAGCCCCAGUCAGCAUGGCCAAUGGUCAGGGAUGAUCUCCACACAUUCCCCUUCCCUACCACACGGCCACAGUCUUUGCUGUUAGGGAAAGAACGGUCCCCUUCAGCAAUGCCAAACUAGUCCCCAACUAGUGCGCAACUGCUCUAGUUGCUUUUAACCAAAUAGCUGCUUUGCGCCAAAUUCUUCUUUGUACCAAGCUGCUUCCCUCCCAUCUUCCCCCAUACUACCCAAAACUUCCUUUUUCACUGUAGCUAAUUGCUCUCUCAAGAGCAUAAUGAUUUUAAUUAUUAUUAUUAUUUUGAUAUAUUUUAUUGCUGUACCUACAGGCUUCAGCUUUCUCUUAAAUAAAUUCUAACACCAUA